GACUACCCUUUAGCAAAAAGACUUGUUAUUGCGGCCAUCGGCGCAUGUUGGAUGAAAAUCAUCCGUACAGAGAUGAUAUCAUCCACUUUGAUGGUACUAAAGAGAAUCGCCCGCGUCCAGACCCAUUAUCCGGAGAGGAUAUACUUGCUCAGUGGAAUGGUAAAAACAAUGUGACUUUUGGAAAAAUAAAGGGAAGGCAAGAAACACCACAGGGAUGGAACAAGAAAAGUAUCUUCUUCGAACUACCCUACUGGAAGACAAAUAAAGUGCGGCACAAUCUAGACGUCAUGCACAUUGAGAAGGGAGUAUCUGAGCACAUACUUAACUUACUUCUCUGUAAAGAUGGAAAAUCAAAAGAUAACCUUAAAGCUCGAAGGGAUCUGCAGGCGUGGAACAUUAGAAAAGAGUUGCAUCCUAUACCGAAGGUAGACAAUCCUGACCAAUUUGUACUCCCCAAUGCUGUGUAUCAUAUGUCACCAGAUGAAAAGAAAAAGUUUCUUCAGGUGUUACAUGAGUUGAAGGUUCCUACGGGGUUUUCAGGAUCAUUUAGUAAGAAGAUAAAGAUUGUUAAAGGCAAGAUCGAAGGGUUGAAGAGUCAUGAUCACCAUAUUAUUAUGGAGCAUCUUCUUCCACUCUCUCUCAGAACUUCUCUCCCUAAAUCAGUCGGUUUAGUGAUCAAUGAUUUUUGCAGAUUCUUUCGGGAAUUGUGUGCUAAAAACAUCGAGGAUGAUAAGUUGAAGAAGCUAGAGGCUGAAAUUCCCUUAAUUUUGUGCAAGCUUGAGCGGAUUUUUCCACCAUCAUUCUUUGAUAUCAUUAUACACCUGACUGUUCAUCUUGCAACCGAGGCUAGGCUUGCCGGACCAGUACAAUAUCGAUGGAUGUACCCCAUCGAAAGGUACCUUCUCACUCUGAAAAAUUAUAUUCGCAAUAGAAAUCGACCAGAGGGUUCUAUUAUGGAAGGUUAUCUGCUAGAGGAAGUAACCACUUUUUGUUCCCGUUAUCUGGAUGAAGACAUUGAGACAAAACUCAACAGACCUCUUGUGAUUCAUGACGGACCAUCAAAAAAGCCAGAUUAUAAUAGAAUGAAUCUCGCAUUUAUCAACAAGAUUCAUCGCUUUAUCAUUCUCAAUAUCGAAUGCCUUGGAGAAGUUAGAGAAAUACACAAGGAUGAAAUACGUGCAAUGCAUAGUAAUUGGAAUGAGGCACGAGUUGAAACACAUCAUCAGGACAAUUUUUGCAAUUGGUUUAAACAUUAUAGCCGAUUACCGACUGUAGAAUCGAUAUUAGAUAAGGAUCUUGGAUAUUUGGCUACACUUCCAGAUGCUGAAGUUAAAUACUAUAAAGGAUUCGGUGUUGGCGGUUACAAGUUUGAAAUCAAGUCUAUAGAAGAAUCUCGAACCACCCAAAAUAGUGGAAUUGCAACCGUAGGCACUAAUGACGAGAUAUACUAUGGGUACCUUGAUAACAUACUUGGUAUCAACUAUCUAGGUCGAGCAGGAUGCAUUUAUGUCUUUCAAUGUGUUUGGUAUGAUAUGAAGACUGGAACUGGUAAGUGGAGAGACAAUUACGGGACUUGGGUAGAUGAAUAUGGAUUGACGAGUGUAAACACCACACGCUUUUCCUAUGAGGACGAUCCAUUUAUAUUUCCAGAACAAGCAUUUCAAGUAUACUACUCGAAGUGCUUGAGGCAUUCGGGGUGGAGUGUUGUAUGUCGAUGGAGGCCCAGGGAUACUUACGAUGUCCCACAGUUCAUAGAUUCAGAGGUCGUCGAGGUCAACGAUGACGAAGAAUUUGAGCAGGGAGGGGUUGUAUGUCAAGAUAAAUCUCCUGAAUAUGAUAAAAUUUCAUGGGUUAGGAAUGAUUUGAAUAGUGAAAUACUUGUAGAUAUUCCUACAACUUCUAGGGAAUCUGUAGAACCUAACAUUUCUGUAAAGCGAAAAAGGUAACCUUUAUCAAAAGCAUGUUGUUUAAAAUUAUAUAUUCAACUUGAUAAAUAUGUCUAUUUCACAUAUAUCUUAUAUGAAAUGUAAAAUUCUUUAUAGGGCUUGACGAAUAUGUCUGGAGUUCCAUCACGGAGCAAAUCGCGUAGACUACUACAGCGCGGAGACCUGCAGCGUCAGGUGAGAGAGCGUAGGAGAGAACUUGAAUCUGCUGUAGAUACACAGCGCGAAGACCGGCAGCGUCAGGUGAGAGAGCCUAGGAGAGAACUUGAAUCUGCUCAUGUUGCUACCGCCAUACCUAGCAUUGGGGAGUCUACUCCAGUUAGAGAUAUAGACGCAAAUCAACAAACACCUACACAAGAAAAUGAUUUACAGACAACUCCCCCUUCACACUCCAUACCUUCUGGACAAUCGUCAGGUCAGUAUCUUUCUUCAUUAUCUUUUGGUGAUUAAUGUGCUUUUUGCUAAGAAAUGCUUACAUAAUGCUUCUAUCUCUUACAUAAUUUUGAAAGACUUCUUUACAA